AUGUAUGGAUGUGAGACAUGGUCCACGACGCAGGGUGACGAGAAUAAACUGUUGACUUUCGAAAGAAAAAUACUUAGGAAAAUAUAUGGGCCWWUAUUAAACCCGAAUACUGGUGUAUACGAGCGAAGAAAAAACGCUGACUUAAGCAGUCUGUUUAAUACAGCCAAUUUAAAAGAUUUUCUWAGGUCGAAAAGGUUAGAGUGGGCUGGCCAURUUUGGCGUGCAGAGGGUAAAUUGAUAAAACAGGUACUCAUCAACAAACCAAAUAAAAAACGACCUGUAGGAAGGCCAAGACAACGGUGGUUGGACCGAGUAAAAGACGACCUGAAGAGAUUAAGCAAUGGAGCAAGUAUUGUGGAUGCAGAAGAUCGAGAACUUUGGUAG